AAUUUCUAUAUAACCCAAGCAACCCAAAACCAACCAAAUUGCCAAGCCCAACAAUGGCCCUCUUAUCACCACCUCCCUCCAAGCCUAAGCCUUACCCAUUUUCCCCCCUUUCACGAGCAAUUCAUAGGCCUGCUCAAGCAACAAAAAAUUUAAAUAUCUCGUGUGCUACAACAAAGUUAAGCCUAGUUAACAAGUUGAAUUGUUAUGGACUGGAAGGAAAAGUUAGAUUUACCAGAAGAGUAAUGCCAAUACCAAUUGUGAAUGCAGUGGCAACGCCGGUAUCAGAAAAUGGAAAAGAAUCGAAUUUUAAGAAAAUUCUGCUUUCUGAUGUUGUGGUAACGCGGCCUAGGAAUGUGCUUUUUGGUAGGAAGUGGAAUUCACUGGAUAUGGGCUCAGCUGCAGUGGUUGUGUCUAUGCAUUUGCUCUGUUUAUUUGCACCUUUUAGUUUCAAUUGGGCUGCUCUUGGGAUUGCAUUCUGGUUAUAUGUAAUGACUGGACUUCUGGGUAUUACACUUUCUUUUCACAGAAACCUUUCUCAUAGAAGUUUCAAACUUCCCAAAUGGCUAGAGUACUUUUGUGCUUAUUGUGGUGUCCAAGCACUUCAGGGGAACCCAAUUGAUUGGGUGAGUACUCAUAGGUACCACCAUCAGUUUUGUGAUUCAGACAAAGACCCUCACAGUCCUCUUGAAGGAUUUUGGGUCAGUCACAUGAGUUGGAUGUUUGAUACCAACACCAUUACUGAGAGGACUGGGAAGCCCAAUAAUGUGGGGGAUUUAGAGAAGCAAGGAUUCUAUCGGUUUGUUCGCGAUACUUAUAUUAUUCAUCCUGUAGCACUUGCAGCUCUGUUGUAUGCAGUGGGAGGAUUUCCUUACAUUGUCUGGGGCAUGGGGGUGAGAAUUGUGUGGGUAUACCACAUAACUUGGCUGGUAAAUUCAGCAAGCCAUGUAUGGGGAAAGCAGGCGUGGAACACUGGUGACUUAUCAAGGAACAACUGGUGGGUGGCAUUGCUUGCAUUUGGAGAGGGUUGGCACAACAACCACCACGCGUUUGAGUAUUCGGCCAGGCACGGGUUAGAAUGGUGGCAACUUGAUAUGACUUGGUAUGUAGUGAGGUUUCUUCAAGCUAUUGGAUUGGCCACUGAUGUCAAGUUGCCAACUGAAACUCAUAAAAAGAGGCUGGCUUUAGCUGACAGUUAGGACAAACAAAGUAUCGUUUGAGGUUCAACUUCCUCAAUGGUGUAUCACAUGAAAUUUAGAUUUUUGAGUGAUUUUUUGCCUCUACUAAUGUAACUACACAGACUUUACGUUGAGCACACGGGUGAAGCUUCUUUCUUCUUCUCCUCCCUUUUGUAACUACUUGGAAUGAAAGCUACAUUUGCUCAA